UAUAUUUAAAGAAUCUCACGGCUCGUCGCUGAGUGAUAGCAAGGUAAGUGCUGGUGGAGGUGAUGAGGGCAAUUGUGAGCGAAAGGAUGCGAUAAAAGAUGCCGAAUCACCGUUGCUUGAGGUUGCUGAGCCACACCAGCAACAGCAACGAGCGUAUCUCGACAAAACGAUAAGCUCAACAACAACCACUAUACCAUCAAUAGCUACCUCUUUAACCACAACUACUUAUGCGGAUAUCGCAAAACGUACCGACAUCUCUAAAACGCUUACCAGUGAGUCAACUUCACCUACCGAUGAUUCAAAUAGCCAACGAGAACACACCAAACGGAGUAGUUCUACUGCGUCAUCGCAACAAAGCGUUGAGAAUGUUGCGAACGGUGCAUCAGCGGAAUGUAGAAGACGUUUGAAAUCGUACGCUGAAAUGACGAAGAAAAGUGUCAUUUUACAACGUUCAUCUGACUCUGUUAGGUUUGCGUUUUUUUUUUGUUAA